UGCUAUUUUCGCCUUCGGGUCCUGCGGUUCCUACAGCGGGGAGACAGGAGCCAUGGUUCGCUGCAACAACGAAGCCAAGGACGUGAGCUCCAUCAUUGUUUCAUUCGGCUAUCCCUUCAGGUUGCACCGGGUCGAGUAUGAAAUGCCCUUCUGUGAUGAAGAGUCCACCUCCAAGACCAUGCACCUCAUGGGGGACUUCUCUGCCCCCGCCGAGUUCUUUGUGACCCUUGGCAUCUUCUCCUUCUUCUAUACUAUGUUGGCUCUGGUUCUCUACCUGCGCUUCCACGCCCUCUACACGGAGGACAGGCGCUUCCCACUGGUGGACUUCUGUGUGACUGUCUCCUUCACCUUCUUCUGGCUGGUAGCUGCUGCUGCCUGGGGCAAGGGCCUGACCGAUGUCAAGGGGGCCACACGGCCAUCCAGCCUGACAGCAGCCAUGUCCGUGUGCCAUGGGGAGGAAGCAGUGUGCAGUGCCGGGGCCACACCCUCCAUGGGACUGGCCAACAUCUCCGUGCUCUUUGGCUUUAUCAACUUCUUCCUGUGGGCCGGGAACUGUUGGUUUGUGUUCAAGGAGACCCCAUGGCAUGGACAGGGCCAGGACCAGGGCCAGGGUCCCAACCAGGAGAGCACAGCUGAGCAGGGAGCGGUGGAGAAGCAGUAAGCAGCCCCACCUGGCUCCUGAACUGGACAGCACCUCUUCAACCACCUCCAGCUUCCAGGACCUCCCUCCCCCCCCAAUUCCUCUCCCCCAUUACUCUGGGCUCUGAGCUUUGACACACGGAUGGGCAGGCAUCAGCUGUGGGAGACCUGGGCAGACCUUCCGGUGGCUUCCUCUCCCUCUUUUGCUGGAACCAUGGUUGGAAGCUCAGUGCUUCUUGUCCACUCCCUGGAUCCAGGUUCUUACUUGGGGUCUAACUUGUACCCUCACAGACUCUGAGAACCAGCCUCUGCUGCAGGUGGGGGUUGAGGGCAGGAAACCAGCCCUGAGACUGGCUCCUGACAUCCACCUUUAUAUCAACCUGUCCAACUUCAAUAAUAGUGGGGGGAGGGGAAAUCAGCCAGUAGCCCCUGGUCCCUUGUGUGGAGGCCCCAACAAACAGUGGCUUGGUGACCUCUCCUCAGUGACUGUCAUCUAGUCCCUGUGUCUGAUCUCAUCAUCCCAGAGCUCAGUGUGCCUCCCACUGUUUUCUCAGGGCUCACACCAUGUGUGAGCCAGGGAAGCCGACUGGCUUCCCUGUCCUUUAAAGGGUCCUGAUUAGGCCUGGACUCAGCUGGGAGCAGAUACAUUGCAACUGAGUUGCAGCUUCAAGAAACUAAAGCCUUGGGGUGGAGCAUGGUGGCU